GAACGAUUGAUCUCCACAACAAGUUCGUAGUCACAUUUUCAAGCAUAAAAAUGGAAUACUGUGGUGAUAAAUAUGAGGGUGAGACUCGUAACAACAGGUUGUUUGGUAUUCAUUAAAGUUUAAUCUGAAGGUUGGAGGGAUUUGGAAAGUAUGCUAUGCCUACUGGGACAUAUUACGAAGGGGAAAUGUUUGACGGUAUGUUUCACGGAGAAGGAACUCUCCACUUUCUGAAUGGAAGUAAAUAUCAUGCAAUGUGGGAAAAUGGAAAACCUAAAAAUGGAGAGAUAAUAUUUUCAGAUGGUCUCAAAUACACAGAAGGUGCUCACUACGUCGACGAAUUCGACAGGAGAUUUUAUACGGAAAUAUGUUCUGGUAUAAAGCCUGCAGGAAGGUCACAAAUAGUAGACAAAGAACCAAGAACACAAAUACCAGACGGAUGCUACGAUACUGGUGAUGGUUUCUACAAUCCAUUGACGAGAGUAGUGACAGAUCAUAACGGAUGUUUUCUUCGCAAUGCAGACCAUGAGGAGCAUACAUGGAUUGUCGCCAAAUGUAGGAAAGCAUGGGAUGAACAUGUCGGUGCCACGUAUGACUCUGAAACUAUUAAGCGGGGAGUGAAGCCUUAUUGACUACGAGAUACUAAGGUCUGAUUCAAAUAACACUAGAAAUAUAUUUUUUUCUCAAACAUAAUAAAAAAAUUUUACUUAG